CAAGCUUUUGGUUAUAUAACAAACUUUCAAGCCCAUAAAAAGCCCAUUAGCAGAUAAAACGAAAGCCCUAAUUUUCCACUACACAAAGUGAUAGUCGGAGAGAGAGAAAAAGAAUCGAAGAAGAGAAAUGAAAUUCACAGAUUCUCCGGUGAUCGAUCUGACGGUGAACGGCACAAAACUCUCAAUCCAACAAGACAAUGGCUCAAUGCACGUCGGAACCUCCGUUUGGCCUUGCUCACUAAUCCUCUCCAAAUUCGCCGAACGAUGGUCAACACUAGACUCAUCAUCAUCAUCAUCAACAACAACAACAUCUCCAAAUCCAUAUGCCGAACUCUUCGAUUUCCGCCGCCGUCGUGGAAUCGAACUAGGAACCGGAUGCGGAGUCGCCGGUAUGGCUUUUCACUUACUAGGUCUAACGGAGAUCGUACUCACAGACAUAGCACCAGUUAUGCCGGCGUUAAAACACAAUCUGAAACGGAACAAAACGGCGUUAGGUAAAUCUCUGAAAACUUCGAUUGUUUAUUGGAACAAUCGAGAUCAGAUCUCGGCGUUGAAACCGCCGUUUGAUUUGGUUAUUGCGGCGGAUGUUGUGUAUAUUGAGGAAUCUGUAGGGCAGUUAGUGACGGCGAUGGAGUUGUUGGUGGCGGAUGAUGGUGCGGUGUUGUUAGGUUAUCAGAUUAGGUCACCGGAAGCUGAUAAAUUGUUUUGGGAGUUAUGCGACGUCGUUUUUAAGAUUGAGAAAGUUCCUCAUGAGCAUCUUCAUCAUGAUUAUGCUUAUGAGGAAACUGAUGUUUAUAUCUUUAGGAAGAAGAUGAAGAAGAGUGAAGCUGAAUCUGAAUCAUGAAGCUAGUUUUUGUUUCUGUAAUGUUUUUUUUACAAUGAAGUGUAAUUUGUUUCUUGAUAUACAUUCCAACGGCUACUAAAAAUGACAUCAAAUU